AUGAUGCAAAUGUUAACAAAUACCGNUAUUCCUGGAAUCACGGAUAAAAAGACUGAUGCAAGCGAACUUGAAAAACUGAAAGCACACCAAGUCGUAAUGGAGCAACUCAAUGAAUUUAAAGCGCGCGGCGCGGAAAUUCAGCUUGGUACUGGUUCACAAGCACCGUUUCCACACGACGCAUCGGCUGAUGAGAGCCGAGAGCGAUUUCCGGUAGAGAGCGGCUGCCACUCAGAGACAUUUUCUGGAUCCGACGCAUCCAUGACGCAUCUAUCUCGAGGCGCUAUUGUGGACACUCCAACUGUUCGCGAACCUCUCAAGGAUUAUAUGCGCCGGCGAAAAGAAGAAGAGGCUCUAGAAUACAAACGUCGACGUGCUGCCCGUGGUUCCAUGUGGGAGGAAACGGCAAGCGACGACGGUGAGGGUGGGCAUUCACGACCAAAUGUUUUACGAAAACAGAGAUCUAAAUCUGUUAGUAACAUAACAGAGAUAAAAGGUGCCCGCCCUCAUCCACCAAUUAACACUAACGCCGAACCACAUGGAGCCACACCGGGCGGCACAGAACGUGCGCAAAGAAACGUCCUCAACUACAACAUGCCGGCCGAAAAUACCACGUAUGUGAAGACACGGAGAGGACGGUGGCGAAGAAUUGCAAGAUUCUUUGAACCACAACUCAAACCACAAACCCCACCCGAAUCGCGCAAGCCAAGUAUCAUUCGUCGACUUGGACGUUUACUUAUGGGACAGAUUCCACAAAAUGAAUUCGAUUUGUAUUAG